UCUCUCUACCUCUCUCACAGGGCAGCUGGGGUGGGCUAAAUGGGAACACAUAUACAGUAGAAAAGGGUGGCACUGGGGUGUCCUACAGUUGUUCAGUGACACACACACACACACACACACACACACGCACACAAGGAUCCGGAGGUUCCCUUUUGUUUUCAUACAUCACGGAUUUUACUGGAAUCAUUUAUUCAUUCUUGGGAUUUACUUUGAGUUCGGUUGGAUUACCUUUGUCACUGGAUGGUUCCUGGAUAACUUGUGUGGACAUUUAAUAUGACUUUUUGCUGCUCCCGUGGGUGCAGACACAUGUUUUGGCAACUGGUCGUCUGUGUGUGAGUAGACCGGGUGAACAAGAAGAGUGACUGACAAGAACAAACAAGCAGACGCACAGAUACGAAUCAACACAGCUCUUGUUAAUGGUGAUAGAGGAUAAGGCGAGAUGUCGAGGCCUCCUUCCCAGGCCAGCCCUCGAUCCUACAGGGUCAGUGAAAGAGAUCUCACUGAGAUAGAGCUCCAUUCUGUAGACUCCAUCAAUGACCUCCACCGGACACACCCUGAACACAGCCACAAAGGCAUGAGGCCUCCUCGCCCGGCUUACACACCCUCCCCAAAUGGAAACCUUUACACAUGUGACAUGACAGCUGUCAAUCAAAGAGGGCAUCCAGUCAGCGGCAAAUGGCAGAGCCGUCUGCAGGAUAUGUUGACACCGAGUUCAUCACGUGCCUACGCCAUGGGCUGCGCUAUCAUCACUUUGCUUCUGCUAACAGUCUUACUCAUCUUCUACUUUUUAGUCCAGCAGGGCGGUGCACUGCGGAUGCUGACCGACGCAGUAAGAGAGAAAGAGGCCGCAGCCACAGAGCUGUCACUGCUGAUCCAAGAACUGCAGACACUGAGACACAACCUGACAGCCAUGAGAGGAGCGACAUGAGGAAGGAGGCACAGAAAACUAAAUAUGCACGCAGAUACACUUUAAAUACUGGACAUGAGAAGGUUUAAAGUGCAGAAAAGUGUGUUUUAUGGUGGAUUUUUCCUUUAAGAUGAAAAUUGUUUGUGUAUGUGAAUGUCAAUUGAACCAUGUAACAAAAGAGAUGGGAGGUUUCUGAAAAUGUUUUCCCUCUCCUCCGCCCUGGUAACAAGGAGAAAGACUUUUGAAUGAGCUCACAUAUUGUUGUUGUUUUGUGUUGGUGCUGUUAUUAAAAGCGGUGUGACUGGUCGAAUUAAAUGAAUUAUUAUACUAUUGUAUUCUCAAAGCAUUACACUGCAUAAUACACAUUUAAUGUUUUUAGCAAAAAACAUUAUUAUUGCACAAAAUAUUAACUUAA